AUGCUGAGGGUCUACCGAACUUCUGGAGAGGAGCUUGUGGCUCUGGUGGAGGAGGAAGUGGUCGGCCUAACGGUCCCGGCGCUCAAGGAACGCCUAAGGGAAACGCAUGGCUUCCCCGUUUGCAUGCAGCAUCUGCUGCAGUGCGGCAGCGUCAGCGACCUGAUGGAUUCUGCCAGCUUAGAACCGCUGAUGGAGCUGCAGCUGUAUCUGAAACCGAUUACGGAUCUGCAGAUGGGCCGUGUCGCUGCACGGGAGCUUGUGGAGUUUGCAGCCCCCUGCGGAAAAGCUGAUACGGUCCGCUUGCUGUUGGAUGGGGUAGACAUCAACUGGAAGGACGGUUCCGGCCAGACAGCCCUGGCCAUUGCAUCGCGCAAGGGUUUCGUGAGGAUUGUCAGAUUGCUGUUGGAGGCCGGUGCUGAUCCAAACAUCCAGGAUGCUUCCAAGUUUACCGCAUUGAUGCACGCCGCGGACCUCGGCCACGUUUCGAUCGUGCGCUUGCUGCUCGACCAUGGUGCGAACUGGGAGAUCAAGGAAUGGAUGGGACGGACAGCCCUGGUCCUGGCGUCGCAUCGUGGGCAUGAGGACAUCGUGAGCUUGAUGACAAAGGGAGGAGGAGGCUGGUUCUGGACCGGUGAGGAGGCAUCCUACCUCUUCGACCUCCCAUCGCCCCGGAAGGGGAAGGCGGAGGGCCAGACUGAGCUGGAGGUGGUAUGGGGCGACAACUGGCUCGUGGACAUAGACCCGCUCGAGUUUCCCGGGGCGAUCUUCCACGCCUUCAAUUGGAAGUUCACGGACGUUCAAAGGAAGGCCGCCAUGAUCGCAGCUUUGGGCUUCGAUGCAGUGCAGCUCAGCCCGGCGCAGCGAAGCAUCGACGGUGAGCAGUGGUGGACGCGCUACCAGCCCGUGAAGUACGAGGAGAUCCAUGGCCUCGGAAACGAGCAGGAGCUCCGGCAAUGCUGCAAGGCCUGUGAGAAGGUCGGCCUUCUAGUCUUUGGCGACCUAGUCUUCAAUCAUAUGCAGGUCGUGGCUAGCUGCGACGAGUGGCGCAAGGCGCAGCAGGAUGCGGGUCUAAUGGAGAUUCUUCAGCGCCGGCUCUCGCAGAAGUUGGGCCCGACUUUUACCAGGGAUGACUUCGAGUGGCCGUGGUAUCCACUGGAGGGUGAGGACUGGGAUGGCCCCAAGCGCAUGGAGGGCUGGGGCUGUGGCGAGUGGUCGGAGCUCAAGGGCGGCUCGGCGAAGGUCGUCUCCGUGCACUCGAGCCACAUGGAAAAGCUGAAGAGCUGUGGCGUCUCGGGCUUCCGCUUCGACGCAGCAAAGCACAUGCGGCCCGAGCAUAUCGCGCAGUAUGUGGACAAGGCGGAUGUCUACGCCUAUGGCGAGGUGCUCAGCAUCGACCCGGCCAUGCAGCGAGAGUAUACGGACGGUGUGUCGCUGACGACGGGCGAGCAGUUCCCGACCACGGAUUUCCUUCUGGGGGCCUGGCUGCGGAGAUUUCUGGAGGUUGGACCGCCUGCCGUGGACUUCGAACAUCACGACUGGGUAAAGCACUUGCUGGACCUGGAGAUGAAAAGACCGACUGAGCUCCCAGAGAAGCUCGGCACGGUUGAGAAGGGGCAGAUGUCGGCCCCUAUUCUAUCGCGGAACUCGGUUCGAUUUGCUCGGAAUCAUGACACCGUCUACAACGAUGUGCCAUUCUAUGGCCUCGGCGGGUGGGGUCAGGGCAGCGCCCAAGUGGCUGCAGCCUGGCUACUGGCCGCGCAUGACGGCUCCGUCCUCCUCCUUGCUGAGGACGUGAAGAAGUCGAUGGUCAUCAAAGAGGCGCUGGCCUACCGAAAGGCCCUGCGCGGUGUGAUCGAGGGUUUGGUUCCCGAGCAAAGGCAGACCAUCCGGACCGAGAUCAGGGUCAUGGAGUCCGAGGACGGCGGCCGUCCUCUAACGAUCUGUGUGGCCUGCAGAGUGGAUGCAGGUCCCUUCCCGCAGAAUUCGUCGUCGUGUUCAGGCUUUCGGGGUGCUGGUAAACGACUUUAA